AUGCGCCUCGCCCUCCGAACCCUCCGCACCUUAACAACAACCGCCUUCAAACCCUCCUCCCAGCGCUUCGUUCCCUUCCGCAAAAUGGCCACCUCCGCCGCCGCAUCCUCCCCGGUGCUCAAGCAGCCCGUCAAGCUGGCCUGCAUCCAGCUCGCCUCGGGCGCCGACAAGACCGCGAACCUCGCCAACGCGCGCACCAAGGUCCUCGAGGCCGCCAACGCCGGCGCGAAAAUCGUCGUCCUCCCCGAGUGCUUCAACUCCCCCUACGGAUGCGACUACUUCCCAAAGUACGCCGAGACCCUCCUCCCCUCGCCCCCGACCAGGGACCAGUCCCCCUCCUACCACGCGCUGUCGGCCAUGGCCUCCGAGAGCGGCGCCUACCUCGUCGGCGGCUCCAUCCCGGAGCUCGACGCCGACACGGGCAAGUUCUACAACACGAGCCUCGUCUUCUCCCCCAAGGGCGACCUCCUCGCGAGCCACCGCAAGGUCCACCUCUUCGACAUCGACAUCCCCGGCAAGAUCACCUUCCGCGAGUCCGAGGUCCUCAGCCCCGGCGACGCCGUCACCGUCGUCGACCUGCCCGAGUACGGCCGCAUCUCCGUCGCCAUCUGCUACGACAUCCGCUUCCCGGAGCUCGCCAUGAUCGCCGCGCGCAGGGGCUGCUUCGCGCUCGUGUACCCCGGCGCCUUCAACCUCACGACGGGGCCGAUGCACUGGCGGCUGCUGGGCCAGGGCCGCGCCGUGGACAACCAGAUCUACGUCGCCAUGUGCAGCCCGGCGAGGGACACGAAGGCGACCUACCACGCGUGGGGACACAGCUUGGUGAUCGACCCGAUGGCCAACGUGAUGGUCGAGGCGGAGGAGAAGGAGACGACGGUCACGGUGCAGCUGGACGGUGCCAAGAUCGAGGAGGCGAGGAGGAAUAUCCCGAUCAACACGCAGAGGCGGUUCGACGUGUACCCGGACGUCAGCCGGGCCAAGGUUGACGAGAAGGCAUGA